AUGAGUCGCACGUGCAAACUCGGGGUCUUGGCCGCGCUCGCGUUGGCUGCAGUGCCCGCAUCCGCCAGCUGCCCUUUCCUCGGUGGCCAGAAGGGCUCGCAACCCGACCUAGGCACCGGCGUGGACCGUGCCCUGAGGUCCUACGAUGACAGCUACUACUCCGGAAGCGGCGCGGACUUCUCGCGGGAGACCUACGAAGCACUCCAGGCCGACAUCACGGCCGUGUUCACGGACUCGCAGGACUUCUGGCCGGCGGACUUCGGCAACUACGCGCCGCUGAUGAUCCGCCUCGCGUGGCACUGCAACGGCAACUACCGCCAGUCGGACGGCCGCGGCGGGUGCGACGGCGGCCGGAUCCGCUUCAACCCGGAGCGCAGCUGGGCCGACAACACCAACCUCGACAAGGCGCUGACCCUGCUGCAGCCCAUCAAGCUCAAGUACGGCGACGCCGUCUCGUGGGGGGACCUCAUCACCCUCACGGGUAACGAGGCGAUCAGGUCGAUGGGGGGCCCCGUGCUUGGGUUCUGCGCCGGGAGGCUGGACGACGCCUCCGGGUUCGACAGCCUCGAGCUCGGACCCUCACCCGAGCAGGAGGCCGUCGCUCCCUGCGCCGUCAACGGGACGUGCGAGUUCCCCCUCGGCACCAGCACGGUGGGGUUGAUCUACGUGAACCCGGAGGGGCCCCUCGGUGUUCCCGACCCCGCCGGCAGCGCUGCCGAUAUCCGUGACGUGUUUGGGCGCAUGGGCAUGAACGACAGCGAGACCGUGGCUCUUAUCGGCGGAGGGCACGCGUUCGGAAAAUUCCACGGCGCGUGCGCCACCGGCCCCGGCCCCGACCCCACCGACGCCCCCGAAGCCCCCUGGCCGGGAACGUGCGGCGACCCCGACUCCCCGACCUUCGGCCGCGCGGAGAACACCUUCACGAGCGGGUUCGAGGGCCAGUGGACGGUGGAGCCCCUGGUGUGGGACAACGCGUACUUCAAGGACCUCCUCGAGUACGACUGGGUGAUGACGGAGAGUCCGGCGGACCAGGUCCAGUGGUUCCCGGUCCUGAAGGAGGGGGCCACGGAGACGGAGGACGAGAUCCCCGACAUCAUCAUGCUCACCAGCGACAUCGCCUUGUUGUAUGACGAGGAAUACCUCGCCCUCGUGGAACUCUUCGCCAGCGACCUGUCCUACCUCGACACCGCCUUCGCCGCGGCUUGGUACAAGCUCACCUCGCGGGACAUGGGCCAGUUCCAGCGCUGCGUGGGCACCGACGUGGCGCCGCCCCAAGACUUCCAGCUGCCUCUCCCGGAGGCGCCGGCCGACCUCCCCGACACCGACGGGGCCAAGUCGGCGAUCAUGAGCAUCCUGUCCAGCGAUCCGUCCUACCCCGCCCUGUUCGUCACGCUGGCUUGGCAGUGCGCGUCCACGUACCGCUCCACGGACUUCCUGGGCGGCUGCAACGGGGCGAGGAUCCGCUUCUCUCCCGAGAGGGACUGGGCCGGCAACCAGGGUCUCGACCAGCUCUGA